CUUCCUCUCCCAAGCCGUGCAUGAGGUGUGCGUUUGCCGUUGUGUGUUUGAACAGGAGAUAAUCUAGCGCCAUCCACACUGCUCCCACCAGACUGGCUAUGCAGCGGGCAGACAGAGUCAUCAUCCAGCCCUCUUUCUCUCCUCUGAUCUAGGCUCCACCUCUCACUUUCCCUCCCUCUUUCUCUCUCUCUCUUUCUCUCCCAGAGCAUCACACACACACACACACACAUACACACACACACGCACACACACAACACACACUCCCUCCUAGACUCCCUGCUCCUACUCCUACUAGAUGAGCGCGCCUCCUCGUCAGGGCGAGCCGAUUCCGGAGCUGAAGGUGUGCUGUCGUUUUCCAGUGAACUGCCAUUUGGUAAAAGAAGACCGGAAGAAGCCUCUUCGACUGGAUAUUGCUGUCUGAGUCAGUGUGGUGGAAGCUUUUAAAGACAUACUACACCCGGAUCUGUUGAGUUAAAGUGCCACAUCAAGAUCGCCUCAGCGGAAGAAAGCAGAACUUGUUUCUGAAACACCUUUCCUGGGAUUGUGAAGAGGAGCAGGGGAAGACAGCGUGCUGCCAGCAUCUGCCUGGCCGCUCCAGCUCCGCCAAGAUGAAUGAGAGUCGAAGGGAAGCGCUGGCAGCGGCGGCCCCCGCGCCCACCACCGCCUCCUCCUCCACGGCUGGCUCCAACACCACCAACAUGGCCGGCCCCGGCACGGGGGAGAAGGAUGAAGCCUUCUCCAAGCUGAAGGAUAAAUUCAUGAACGAGCUGAACAAAAUCCCACUGCCAUAUUGGGCCAUCGUCUCGAUCGCCUUUGUGGCGAUCAUCCUGGUGUUAGCUUGCUGCUUCUGCAUCUGCAAAAAGUGGAUAUUCAAGAAGAAAAACAAAAAGAAGGGCAAAGACAAGGGCAAAAAUGCCAUCAACAUGAAGGACGUCAAAGACGGAGCCAAAACCGAGGAUGAGGAGGAUGCGGAGACAGGGCUGACUGAAACGGAGAAAGAUCCCGAGCCCAAGGAGGACCAGAAACUGGGCAAAUUACAAUACUCCCUGGAUUACAAUUUCACAGAGAACGCGCUCAUAGUGGGGAUCAUCCAGGCGGCAGAGCUGCCCGCCAUGGACAUGGGCGGCACAUCCGACCCGUACGUAAAGGUCUACUUGCUGCCCGACAAGAAGAAGAAAUUCGAGACCAAGGUCCACAGGAAGACCCUCAACCCGGUCUUCAAUGAGCAGUUCACCUUCAAGGUCCCCUACGUGGAGCUCGGCGGGAAGACGCUGGUGAUGACGGUGUACGACUUCGACCGCUUCUCCAAGCACGACGCCAUCGGCGACAUCAAGGUGCCCAUGAACAAGGUGGACUUCAGCCACAUAACGGAGGAGUGGCGAGACCUGCAGAGCGCCGAGAAGGAGGAGCAAGAGAAGCUGGGCGACAUCUGCUUCUCCCUGCGAUACGUCCCCACCGCCGGCAAGCUGACCGUGGUCGUCCUGGAGGCCAAAAACCUGAAGAAAAUGGACGUGGGAGGCUUGUCAGAUCCAUAUGUGAAGAUCCACCUGAUGCAGAACGGCAAGAGGCUGAAGAAGAAGAAGACGACAAUCAAGAAGAACACCCUGAACCCUUACUACAACGAGUCCUUUAGCUUUGAAGUCCCGUUCGAACAAAUCCAGAAAGUGCAAGUUGUUAUAACUGUUCUGGACUAUGACAAGAUCGGCAAGAACGAUGCCAUCGGCAAGGUCUUUGUGGGCCUCAACAGCUCGGGGACGGAGCUGCGCCACUGGUCCGACAUGCUGGCCAACCCCAGGAGACCCAUCGCCCAGUGGCACGUCCUGAAGCCCGAGGAGGAGGUGGACGCUCAGCUCUCCACCAAGAAAUAGGCAGGGCCCUUUCAGUACCUGCCUUGUAGUACUCUUUAGCCAGUAUGUGUAAAUACCUCAGUGAUAUAUGGGUCCAUCCAUGUAAACCCCCCCAACCCCCCAACUCCCUUUUACCCAGUCUCCCUCGGCUUUAGCGCUCCUAAUUUCACACACAGUCCUACGUGUUCCCGUUCUUCUUCUUCUUCUUCGAUCAGGUUCUGCUUUUAUUUAUUUUUUAGUUCCUCUCUGAGUCUUUCAUUUCCAUCCACAAGCCCCUCAACGGCCCCCCGACCAAAAGCCCCCUUCUUUUAAGCAAUAUGAUCUGUAUAGAUAGCGCAUGACUGAAAGAAUUUAUUGUACCACGAGUUGUAUAUAUAAGUAUGCAGACAAAAAUGAUUUCUAGUUUAUGUGUUUGUAUGUUGUUACCCGUUUCCUAAUCUGUGUAUAUCUCGAUGUUUUUAAUAAGAUGUUCUAUUUUAAAUUAUGUAAAUGCAGAUAUAGAGGAAAGCCAAUAUUAUAUAUCCCAGGAUUUAAAAAUUCUACCUUAUUACCUUAUUGCAUUCCAGAAAAGAAAACUAACGAUUUCCAACCCGCAAGACACUAGUGGAAAUAUAUUCACGUUGUAAAUGUCUGGCUUUAAGUUCAGAGAGGGAUCAUCGCAGGAAAGACUAACAGAUGAAUAUAUAUUCACACAAAACCACCAAAACAUAAGGCCAUUAACUACUAUGGUUCUGUGGGGGAAAAAAUACGACUAAUAAUAAUAAUUAUGCUGCUGGAAAUUAUACAAGCACAUGAUUUCUUACGACUUUUUGUACUUAUUUCUCAAUCAGAGGACCUAUGUGUUUAGCUUGACGCAGAAACAUUAGCGUUAGCGUUUCAUUUCUCCAUAUUUGGCGAGUUAAGUGAAAUAGGUCCUCCUCUUACUGGCCUCUGUCCACUUCUACUGGCUCCUUUUCUUUUCCGAAAACUAAAAUAAAUGAAUGAAUAAAUGGAAAACCUUGCCUCCAAAAUGAACAAAAAAAAACCAACAAAAAAAAAAAACAACCCCAAACUAAUAAAAGCACCAAGCUGUAGCCAUCGUGUCCUUAAACUCGUUUUAACAAGAUUUUUUUUUUUUUGUUAACCGCUUACUUUAAACAGCCUUGUCGUUUUUUGGAAGCAAAUCGGCCGGAGUUUAAAAAAACAAAAAACAGAAAAAAAGGAGUCGCGGCUCUGGUUUUAAGAGGACUAUUUUUUAGAGCAAUUCAGCAUCUUGACUAUUUUUUAGUAAACUGCAUGAUUUUUUUUACAAUCUUUACUAAAAAGGCUGGGGCAAAGGGGAGAUCUACUGACACCAGGGGACGCUCUUCUGAAUCAAUCCCCUUGCCUUGAAUCAGAGGAGAGAAAAAAAAAAUUUAAAAAAAAAUGAAAUAAAAAAUCAAAAGACGUUUAAACUUUGGGUCAAUGUAACAUUGACGGAGGUGAAAGCGAGUUUCUAAACACUGCCAUUUCCGGGGGAGGCGACUCGUGUAGAGGCCCUCUCUUCAUGCACACUCCCACUUGCCAGUGGUUGUAGCUUUGGUUUAUCGGGAACAAUGUCUUCGGCUGCAGUGGUGCCCUGAAUCGCAGUCUUUGCUUUGCGUUGCCUUCUCACAGUGACAAUAGAGCUAGCCAUGUUUUACUGCCAAUCUUAACUUUUUAUGUGGCUGCUGUUUUUGCACUGGAUGUCUUUGAACUAGCUUUCUUUACAAAACUUCAUUUCAGGACACGCUGCAGGGGUGCAGGAGGGGGCGGGGGAAUGGGAAAUCGUCCCGCUCGAUUAAUUAGAAAAAAAAAAGAUAAGAAGCAAUGAUGACAAAUCACGUUUCAGCCGACAGCAAUUCCAUGAGUUUUGUUUUCUCGUUGGCACGGGGACUCCACCGGGAGAGCAACGAACUAACCGUAAAAGUUAAUGGUCUACGUAGGCGAUUCGUCCAUCACGUCCUUUACUACGGGUCCAAUCAGAAGAGGAUUAAAAGUUCAUCUUUAUCUUGGAGGAACCUCUUGCAUAUACUCGACGCUAGCUUCAGGAGGACUUUCUAAAUGUUUUCAAUGUUACUGUGUAGUUGAUAUUAUGACAAAACAAAAACAAAAACAAAAAAAAAGAAAGAAAAAAGCUACUUGUCAUUCCAUAGGAGUCUCCGAGGACUGCUUUGUGUAUCACUGUGACUGCCGUGUGUGCUUAGAGACGUAGACUUAUCAGUAGGUAGCGAAAAACCAGUUUGUUCCGUAGUGAUGUCGUAGCGUUUAUUGCCAUUUUCCCUUCUACACGCAAAAGGAAAGAAAGGAAGAGAAAGGAGAAAGGAAAAGAGGGUGAAAUAAAAUAACCCCCCCCCUCACCUCACACCGCCACCACCACCAGGUGUUUGAUCUGAGCGCGAGCGGGGUUCGCUUCACACAGCAUUUUGUUGAGCACUGUGCAAUACUUGUAUGUUCAUCCCAUAGUGUUAACAACAACAACAACAACAACAACGACAACAACAGCCCUACAGGGUGAAUCCAGUCCAGACGGAUGGUUAGGACACAGCACACGUAGAUCCAGCUUGACACCCUCCGUUUAGGGUUCCCUCCCUUUUUUAUUUUUGAGUUUGUGUUCGUUUUCUUCUUGCACACAGAUCCAGCAUCGCAAGUUUCAGGGAGUCGUAGUUUGAAACCAAGAUUCUAGGUUUAAACAUCCCCCUAAAAGUUAAAAGAAAUAAAUGUGUACAUAUAUAUAUUUACAUAAUCAUGUCAAAAAAAUGUAUAUCUAGAAUAAAUAUAUUCUGACAUGAUUAUGAUUAUUCAAAUAUCCACAUAUUUAUCAUCAUUCAUUAUUAUUAUUUUUUUUUUGUUUGUUUUUUGUGUAAAACCCCUCUUUUAUAUUUGAAAACUCUGAAUGUACAGUAACGGACUGUGUUGGUGUAGAUUACUUUAACCGUGAGAUUAUAGAUGUACUUUGCACUUUUUGUUGUAAAAACAAAACAAAAAAUAAGGAUAUAUAGUCAUUUUGUUAAUAUUUUUUCAACUGUCUCCCCUCGUCUGAUCCAAAAAAAAAAAAAAAAACGAAAUCACUGACUCUACUUUAAAACCGUCCCUCUUCCUUUCAUCUGACGUGUCUCACAUGUGUAGAUCCAUGAGUACAGCUUCAGAUUUAAACGAGUAUAUAAAGUACAGGCUCGUACAGAUAUAUGAGUAAAUACGAGUAGUAACGCAAGGAUCAAAUUAUGAUAAUAAUAAUAAUUAUAAGUGUGUAAAUCAGGGAACUCAGUAACGGGCAGCAUUGCAGAAUCCAUCAGAAAAAAACUGCAAAAGCAAAAAGAAAAAGCCAUUACCUGCACUGCAGCGCGAUGCUGCUCUUAUUACGGUUUUCCUACCAAAGUGUGCACGCAUAAUCAAAAUAAUCAAACCCCCCCAAUUUAUUUUUAUUUAUUUUGUUUUGUUUCCCUCCUUUUGUGACAAACCAACACCAAGCUCUCUGUGUGACAAGAUUCUCUCCAGUGACACCUGACGAAAAAGCCACACUGACCUUUCAAAAAAAAGCGAAGCUGUGUAAAGUAUUAGAAUCUGAUGCUGUAGAAAGAUCCUAGUUGCCUUUGUGUAUAUCAACUGCCUGCUUGAGUAUUUUUGUGUGUGGAACUUUCCUCUGUGAUCUCGUAGAAACUGUUUGGGGUGUUUUUUCCUGCCAUAUCGCUCGCGGCGACGGGGGCGAGCCGCUGCCGGCUAUAUUUGCUGUGUAUACCUUCAUUUUUGAUGAGGUGUUUUACAGUUUCGUUUCACUUUGUGUAGUGAUUCACUCCGUGGAGUUUUCUGACUGUUGUUAUAUAACUUCAUAUACACAAAUGAUCAAUAAAAAUGUUUUAUUUCCUGUUGA